AUGGAAGAGCUUCGCGAGGCUGAGCAGCGCAAAGCUGAAGCAAAACUGAGGGGUAGCAGCGGGGCAUCCCACGACAAGGACAAAAACGCACUUUUUUCCCCUUCCCAAAGACUGCGAGGCUCGCUCAUCACCAUGGCUGUGUUUACAGAUAAAUCUUCUGACGACAAACUCUCUUCACUCUGGCAUGCUGCCUGCGACGACUAUGCCGCGGAGACCGGGAUUCCGUUAACUGACGUUGAGCUCCCCGCGCUCCGCGGUCCUGAAGACCUCUCUCGCCAGCUGGAAUCGGAGAAGGACAAUUUCGAAGACUUUCGAAUGAAGAGACGACCCCUUUUGCACGCAAUGCAGACUGUUCUAGCACCAUUCGAGAACUGGGGCGAUCUCAUCGCGGGCGUUGCUUCUGCGGCGUUCCCCCCGGCGUCCUCCAUCAUGGGGGCCAUGUUAAUUCUUGUGCGCGGCGCACGGAAAGUCAGUGAGGCCUUUGAUAUGAUCACGGAGUUGUUUCGUAAACUCGGCCAUUUUGCGCUGCGGCUGGAUUCGUACAAGGGGGUUCCGCUUAGUGAGGGGAUGAAGACGAUCAUUGUGAAGGUGUUGGUGAAUUUUUUAAGGGUUUGUGCGGCGUCGCAGAAGGUGGUGAAUCCGGGGUCGCUGCGGGCGAGGCUUUCGAAGUGGGCGAAGAAUAUACUUAUCGAGGAUACAUCGGUUAAUUCUCUGCUGGGUGAGCUGGAGGAGUUGACGAGUCAGGAGCAUAUGAUGGUGUCGGCUCACGGGCUCAAAAUAACUCAUCAGGCACUAAGAAACACGGAGAAGUUGCUUGAGAGAGACGACCGCAGGAAGGACCGGGAGGAACUAGAGAGGGUGAAGGAAGCCCUGGAUCCUGUGUCUGCGUCGAGCCAGGUUUUCUAUUCCAUCAACGAGAAUCGCAUACCGGGGUCGGGGAGCUGCAUAGACAACACGCUUCGGACUUGGUGGGAAGGAACAGCGCCUCUCCUUUGGCUUCAUGGGGGUCCUGGGGUGGGUAAGUCCCAUAUCGCGUCAAAAAUCAUCACCCAGCUUUCGAACGGAGAGCUCUCUGACACCGCUGCUCCCGUGGUCGCCUUUUUCUUCUGCAGGAACAACGAUGUCGACCUACGCUCUCUCAAUAAAGGUCUGCGCACCCUGGCAUGGCAAGUUGCCACACAGCGAUCGAGCUUCGCAACGCAUGUGGAGGAGUUCUGCCUGAAGGAAGACCCAGGAAAUACCUAUGCCGUGUGGAGGAAGCUCUUGCUUAAGUACUUCACCCAGGUUCCUUCACACGCCACGUGUUUUGUCAUUGAUGGCCUUGUUGAAGCUGAACCGGAGGAACAAGAAGUCUUUUGCAGCCUAAUGGGGAAGGCUUUGUUAGAAGAAGAUGAUACGGACAAAAGACCACCCUUGCGGAUUAUAAUUCUGAGUAGGGACUCGGUGCGCGGCCUGCUCGAGGAGCACUCCCUCGGCUGGAUUCCGGAUAUUGAAAUUGGGAACGACGAGAACAAGGACGAUCUUCACGACUACGUCUAUCAGAAAUUAAAAAAGUCUAAAUUGUUUCGAGGCUGUCCGGACUUCCAAGAGGACAUCGUCAAGGAGAUCAGCCAGGAAGCCGAAGGCCUCUGGGAAUGGGCUAAUCUCGUCAUCAAAUCUGUCCUGCGCUGCCGGACCAAGGAGCAGAUCCGAAAGGUGGUCAGGACCAUGCCGCGUGGAAUCAGCGCAAUGCUGAGUCAAGAACUGCAGCGGCUCAGUAAGGAGUUGUCGGUAUUGGAUGAAGCGGAUGGUGGCGAGAAAUCAGCCGGGGAAACAGUCACAACUCAGAUUGACCAGCUCAAUAUCGUGCUCUCCUUCAUGGCUUUGGCGCAAAAGCCACUGACGGUGCAGCAGCUCCAUAACAUUUUAGAGAUCAUGUUGAAAGAGGAGGUCUUGAAUCUUGAGGAUGAUAUUCGUAACUUAUACUCAUCCCUUUUUCUGAUCCGGGCUAGCAAGGACGAACGCGACUUUGAAGAAGACUUUGUGAUACUUAGACAUAGCUCCUUUUACGAAUUCUUCAGGACAUCUCAGGAGUCUGGGCCCAUCCAUGUCAAUGUCGAUCAAACCGAGGCUAACUUCCUAUACGUCCUUCUCCACGCUCUCCGAGACAGACACAAGCCCGAUUUCUCCAGAGUCGUGAGACAAAGGUUCAUCAGAUCUUAUGCUGAGAAAUUCCUGCCAUCGCAUCUAACGCGUGCAAAUCCCGAAAAGGCUGGGAAUCGACAAGAAGAAAUCUCAACCCUGUUUGAGGAUUUGUUCAGCAAGAAAGAAUACCAAGGCUGGUUGGUUCAGAAGUCUCCGACCUCGGCUUGUUCUGGUUGGAUACUAGAGACCGGGACGUUGCGAACAGAAGAGCAGAACUAG